AUGGCAGAAAUAGCAGAAGACAAGGUCAAAACAGUUGGUCGCAAGCGCGGUCGCCCUCGGACCGUGACUGACGACCAUGAAGUACCAGAGAGACGCCGCAAACAACUUCGCCUUGCGCAACAGGCCUAUCGCAAACGAAAAGAGACCACGAUCGGUAAUUUGCAGAAUCGCGUUCAAGAAUUGGAAACUGGAAUCGAGGAUCUCAGCCACUCUUUCCUCUCCUUCAGUAAUCUUCUUAUAGAAGAGCAACUGCUUUCACAAUAUCCACGUAUUGCAGCGGCAUUGCAGAAUAUAACCCAACAAUGUGUUGCUCUUGCAAAAGCUGGAAGCGAAGAGCCAACCGAGGUGGCUCUCGUUCAUGCUACGAAAAAGCCACAAAUCAAAAUGGCCGCGACACCUGAUAAUAACACAGCUCCAAGCUUAGUGCUGGUUAACACACCCUCAGAGACCUCCACUGAUGUCGAAGAUAUAAUUCGUUCAGCAACAAGAUGGCCCGGUCCGCCUACUCCACCAUAUCAAGAUCCAUUUUCCCUACCAUUCGGCAUCGUCAUGCCGUCGCCAACUACUGAACUUCCAUACGUAACUCCGCCACUCUCGAACUCGCCGACAUUAGAUUUACUAUCCAACAAUAUAGUUGAAGAGCGGCAAUGGACGAUCGCUCAACGUAUUGUCCAGGCAUGCUGCCAGAACGGGUACCGAUUGCUCGUGGACACCCCAAACCACUCCAGAGUCCAGCAGAUCUUCGGAUCUAUGCUGGGUUUGUCAGAACGCAAUCGUUUGAUUUCAGGAUUCUAUGCUGCCACGCAGGACAAGCUUGGCGAUUUAAUAGAGCCCAAAGCCAACGUGCUUACGGCUCUCCGGUCCAAUAUGAAUACCUUUUCGGAGGACCAACUCCAUUUAUCACCUAGAAUAUGGCAGAUCGCACUUGAAUCGACCUCUGGCGAAUGGAUGGAUGCCAAUGGGGCUCAGAGAUACUUGCGCGAUAAACGAAUGAUCUUCGAGAACUUCACUGAUUCUUCUGGUCCGGAUUACUCUGUCUCGUCAUCGCUUGAUGUCAAAUCCUUCAUAAAAUUCCUUUCAACUGAGGCCAUCUGUGUUGGGAACGGUCCAGUGUUCCGACGGCAAAGCGUCGAUAAAGCUAUUCGAUUAGCAACCAUCAAUGUCCCCUGGGAUUUCGAUAAUUUAUGUGACUUAUGA